AUGGAUUUUUUUUCAUUAGCUUCAAAUUUGCAGCAAAUAGCCAUUGGAGGAGUGAAUUUUGUUAAUAACAAAUUACGAAAGAAAAGUUCAAAUUGUGAAUGUAACUACGUUACAUAUAUAAUUAUAGGUGAAAAUGAAAUACAACCAUAUGAUAUUAAUAUGUUUUUCUUUCCAUUUAAAAUGUGCACAAAAAUAAAAUUGAAGGAGUUUAAAGAAUACUUCCCUUUUAAGGGUAGCAUUAUUUUUCGAUUUAAAAUUCCUUUAACAGAUUUAAUUGAUGUUAUAAAUGAAGGUAUAAUAAAUAACGUUCCUCUGUUAAAAGAUAAAGGAAAUAGAAAAAACUUAGAUGAACAUAUAAUAUCUGAUGAAAACGAAAUAAAAAAUAUAUUAAGACAAGAUAAUAUAAAUCAUGUGUGGGUAGAUGUAACAAAUGAAGAAGCUUAUAUCCCCACAUUCCAUGGAAAUAUUGUAGCAAAAGUAUUGUUUAUUAAUCAUGAAAAUUAUAAAAAUUAUAAUGAUAUCUACAUAAAAAAUUUUAAGAAUUAUGAAUGUUCUUCGCAAAUUUAUAAUGUAAACGAAAAAAGUAUGUGUUCAUAUAAAUUAAUAAAAGAAGAGAAAAGUAAAAAGAAUGAUGCAGACCGUUGUGAUAUAAUGAAGAAUGAAGAAUUUAACGAAAAGGUAAAAACAGAAUCACGCCAAAACAACCUUUUAAACUUUAAUUAUUCUAUUGAUAAUACUGUUAAUUUUCAUAAUGCCAUGAGGAAUUAUGAACAUAAUGUUAUUUCCAAUGAAGAGUAUGAAAAUAAGCGGAUGCAAGAAAAGGAAAAAGAAGAUACUGAUGAUAAUAAUUUGGAGGAAUAUAACAUUUUUCAAAAUGUAAAUAAGGAAAAACAUUUUUUAAAAGAAAGAAAGAAUAGCCAUAUUUUAAACACUUAUUGUGAAGAUAAUCGAAUAAGCAGAUAUAAUCAAAAUGAAAAUAUUAAAAUGAAAAUAAAUAAGAAAGCAUCCCAAGAGAAAAAUAAUUUCAAUGACCAUAUUUUAGAAAAACAUAGUUACACUAAUACACCUAAAAUUUUUCUAUCACCAUACAACACGAAUAAUCAGAAUAAUCAGGUUGAUAUUCCAAAAAUGAAUUACAAAAGUGUUAGCACUGAUGAAAAACAAGAUGCUAUUAAGGAAAACGUUAGUAACCGCUUGCAGGAAUUAAAAGAUUUUAGACAUCAGGAGGAAGAAAAAUUUAAAGAAAAAGUUGUUAUAUCUGAAAAAAUUAAAAAACAAAUUGUUAAAUGGUCGAAAAAUUCAGAUGAUACUUAUAAAGAUAUAAAGGUAAUGUUAAGCACUUUAAAUGAUGUCUUAUGGGAAAAUUCCGAAUGGAAACAUGUACCUAUGUCAGAUUUAAUUACAAAUACGUUAACUGUUAAAAAAACGUAUAAAAACGCUAUAUUAUUAUGUCACCCCGAUAAACACAGGGAUAAGUCAGUUGAGCGUGUGCUUAGAGCAGAAAUGAUUUUCCAAGCAUUAAACAAUGCCUAUAAAGAAAAAAGACACAUCUAA